AUGAACCCAAGUCAUGUGGUUUACGAGGCUUGCAUGAGGGAUUGUGGUGUGGAAGGUUACGAAGGUCCACAAGGCCCAUGGAAGCUCUUGGAUAAUGAAGACUUUGGGCUAGCUACUUGGGAGCAUCAAAGUCCAAGCCCAUUACUUGGAGUUUUCCAAUGCAUUGCUCAGGCAAAACCAACUCCUCUUGGUUGCUGCAAGCCUCUCAGCAACCAUGAGAACUCACCCUUUCUUCAGCAACUACAAGCAUUCCAGCAGCCAUCACAGUCAUUCCUGAGCCAUCAACCUCCAUCUCUUGGUUGCUCAAGCACCCCAGUAACCAUCAGACCACAUUCCUUCAUCCUUUCGGUUGCUGCAAGUAUUCCAGCAACCACCCUAGCCAUUCCUUAG